CAGUCAUGGCGGCGCCCAUGGAGGACGCCCCUCUGGGGGUUCCCGAACCCCCCGGGACCCCUCAGGACGCGGCCGCGGCGGAGCCCGAGGAGGAGGAGGAGGAGCUCGAUUUCCCCCAGUUCGAUUUCGGCCGCCCCCCCCACCCGGUUUGGGGGGCUCGGGAGGAAUUCGCGAAGCGCCCCGAGAAUUACCUGCGAGGCUGCAAAUGGGCCCCCGACGGUUCCUGUGUCCUCACCUGCAGCAACGACAACGCCCUGAGGAUCUUCGACCUCCCCCUGCCCCCGGGACCCCCCCCAGGGGCGCCCCUCCCCCAAAUGCUCCCGGCCGUGCAGGUGGCCGAAGGUGACACCAUCUACGACUUCACCUGGUACCCCCUGAUGGACUCCAGCGACCCCCCCAGCUGCCUGGUGGCCGCCAGCAGCCGGGACAGCCCCGUGCACCUGUGGGACGCCUUCGAUGGGAGCCUGAGGGGAUCGUUCCGGGCCCACAACCACCUGGACGAGCCCGUGGCCCCCCACUCGCUGGCGUUCUCCCCGGACGGCUCGCGGCUCCUCGGGGGCUUCGACGGCGCCGUGCGCGAGUUCCCGACCGAGCGCCCGGGCCGGGGCGGGGCUCAGCGCAGCCUGCACCCGAGGCCUGAUUGGCUGCCUGGCCUUCAGCCCAGCCAAUCGCUGUUCGCCUGCGGCUCCUAUGGGCGGAGCCUGGGGCUGUACCCGCUGGAAGGGGGCGGGGCCGUGGCGCUCUGGCCCCGCCUCCCGGCCGCGCCCACUCACCUGCGCUUCAGCCCCUGCGGGACGCACCUGUACGCCGGCGGAGGAAGUAUGGACCACCACAUCCUGUGCUGGGACCUUCGUGUCCCCGAGCGCCCCCUCCUGGCGCUGCCGCGGCGCGUGGCCACCAACCAGCGCGUGACCUUUGACCUCGACCCAUGGCUUUGUCACCGUCUGGACACGCUGGCCCCUCCCCCCGGCCGCGGGGACCCCCCCGAGCUGCCCCCCCUGCUCCGGUUCCGCGCCCUCCGCGACUGCGUCAACGGCACCAGCCUGCACCCCGCGCUGCCGCUCCUGGCCACGGCCUCGGGCCAGCGCCUGUUCCCGGCGCCGUGGGACAGUGGCGGUGACAGCGACGGGGACAGCGAGGGGACACCGGCGCCGGGCGGGGACAUCCGGCUGCAGCUCUGGUGGUGGGGACACGGGGACACCAACGGGGACACCCCUGGGGACAGCGGGACCGACCAUUCUCACCUACCUGGGGACACCGAUUGUCACCUCUCUGGGGACACGGGGACUGGAGAUUGUCACAUCCCUGGAUCCACCGAGUGUCACCUCCCUGGGGACACCGGCACUGGCGAUUGUCACCUCCCUGGGGACACUGGGACUGGCGAUUGUCGCCUCAGCGGGGACAGCGUGACUGGCGAUUGUCACACUCCUGGGCACACCGAUUGUCACCUCUCUGGGGACACCGGGAGGUCAUUGUCACCUCCCCGAGAACGUCCAAUGUCACCUCCUUGGUGACAUUUGACCUCCUUGGGGACACCUGGACCAGCCAUUGUCACCCCCCUGGGGACAUUGGGGCCUGAGAUUGUCACCUCCCUGGGGGACACUGAGUGUCACCUCCCUGGGGACAGUGGGACUGGAGACUGUCACCUCCCUGGGACACUGUGACCACUGACUGUCACCUCCUUGGGGACACUUGGACUGGAGAUUGUCACCCACCCCAGGGACAGUGACUGUCACCUUUGGGGACCAGAACUGUCACCCUUGAGACCCCUGGAGGGUGACAGACCCUGGUGACCCCAAAUGUCCCCCCCAGGCCUCGGUUGUACUAAAGCCGUUGUGACUGUCA